AUGAGUCCUGCUUUUCCACAGUCCCUACCCGCGGAAAUAGUCGUCACUAUCGCCAAGUGCCUAGAUGUCGACGAUCUUUUCAACCUGGCCCUGACAUCUCGCCACCUUGGCUUUCUGAUUCAAGAUGACCAGGUUUGUCGAGCAGUGCUAGAGUCAACUGCCAACUCCAUCUUUGAAGACAUAACGCCUGGCAAAUCGCCCUUAUCAAAGCCGUACGCACGAGCACUCCGGCGACUGGCCAAGAUGCGAAGAGCCAUCGCGUUGGUCUCUCCAUUCUCGGUCACCUUUGUGGCAGUGGCCGAUCUUGCCCUCUACAUCAAUGGGAUGCUCCUAUAUCUUGACGGGCUCUCGUUGAGAAUGCUGGACCUGCACAACUCUGCAGAUGAGGAGGCUGUUGUCGAUAUUCACUCCAUUUUAAAUAUUGCCAUUGAUGGCACACAGCUCGUCUGCGAUACUUUUCAGCCUCUUCACUACGCAGAUGGCAUCGUCUCCUGUCUGUGCCGCUUCCGCACACCGCUGCCGGAAGAUUGGCUUUUGCUAUUCAACCCUACGACUAAAUGGUAUAAAGGCAUCCACCUGAAUUCCGCUUUCAAACUUUUUGUGCGAAAUAACAAGAACCACGUUCUAUUUGGGACGCACACUGGCGCCAGCGAGGACAAUUAUAGAAGAUGGGUUAUUCAAGCAUAUGAUAUCUGCAACGACAAGCUCUUUGACCCAAGCAUGGUUCUGGAGAAUCUCCCCGGCUCAGAUAUCGGCAGCACGGUUUGCUUUGAAGUGUUCGGCGACUAUUUUUACGCCCUUUCCAACGAGACGACUUUCGGCCUCGACGGGUUCGACUGGACCUCCUACUAUCAUUGCUUUCGAUUCCCGGUUUGCCACCCGUCACCGGACAAGAUCGAGGUGCUCGCAGAAGAUAUGCUAUGGCGCAGAAAACACGCAGAAGGCCCUCUGGAUGACCGCUGGACAUUCUUAAAACUGGAACCUCACGAGAACACCAAGAAGUUGCAAAUCGUGGAAUCCAGAAAGGAGUGGCUUGGAGGCCGUAGCUCGGCUCGACGAACUUACUACACUCUCGAGACCAGCUUCUCGGAGACGGACCGGUACGUCGAUGAGAAAGCUGCUGCUGCUCCGGCAGCCCAACAGAGCGGCGCAGACCAGUUCAGAGUCCUCCACGGCACAAGCGAUGCCGAAAGCGCAAAGACCGCUUUCCAGAAAGAGGGCACGUCUGUCUCACCCCAGCGUUCCCCACAUCACGUUCACCCGGGCGACGACGGAGCCUUGAUCAUCAUGUCUACUCUGAGCAAGACAUUCAUACGUUCAUAUCACACCACGUGUUCUACCUUUAUGGAUCUCAUCGACGAACCAAGCGACGAAGCGCCAUUCACUCCAAGAAUACGGCUACGGGCCGGGUCACGCAAGCUUCGUCCGUAUACGGAGCGCAAAGCGAGUGAGAAUGAGGGAAAGGGCAAGCAGGUUGAAGCCGAUCUACAGGUUGCCGACAGCCUCAUUUACCCCGGAAAAGAAAUUAAACGCCUUUAUCGUGAGAGCGAAGUGCGCAUCUGGCCUCCGGAGAAACUGGCUGGUGUUGGAGGGCCCGACGUGGACAAACUGCAUCAGGUUCUGGUCCCGCCUGGCUUCCAAGGCCAGGUCACAAAUGGCAUGUGGGACAAGCGGUCGCUCGUUUACUCCAUCAGCGGUGCAGACCCGAGUCUCAAGGCCAUUAUCUUUAUCAACUUUGACCCAGCCAUCCGCCUGCAAGGCGUACAGCCGUGGUGCGACCGCGACAACUCGCCUCACGGCUCCAUUACAGAGAUCCCGCCCCCGGGCGACCCUUUGAUGAAGACGAGCUCCUAUCCCGGGGGCAAGGGCAAGGGAAAGCUGUCGAUAUCCGUCUCUCGGCCUGCCACAGCAGCAACAACAACGGGCGCCCAAAACCUGGAGUGGGUCAAGUUCGAAAAGGCACGAUAUCGGGAUAUCCAGUCUGGGUAUGACUUCAGCUACUUGCCAGUUGCAUCGUGA